GCUGGCGCCUUACACGGGUUCCAUCUGCGUGGAUGGUCAGCCUCUUCGUGGUCUCAGCGAGCAGGUUUGCGGCACUUUGGUGGCGGUCGUACCACAGCAGCCGGUCCUUUUCUCCGGGACCCUGCGAUGGAACUUGGAUCCGGCCCUGCAGUUCACCGACGCCCAGAUCUGGGAUGCCAUCAAGACUGUCGGGCUCCUCCGCAGCUGCAGUGGCACACUGGGAUUGAAAGCCGAUGUGCAGGGCUCCAUGAGCGGCAGCCAGACGGGUUCAGGAGCCUUGGCAUUGUCCCUGGGCCAACGCCAGCUCCUCUGUGCGGCUCGAGCGCUGCUGCGUUCGCCAAAGGUGGCUUUGUUGGACGAGGUCACUGCCGCUUUGCCAGGAGAGCUCGCCCUCAGCACCGUCACACAUUUGGUCAAGAAGUUCCGGGACAUCAACGCUACCACACUCUUGGUCACGCACCAGGACGACUUGGUGUCCGUCUGUGACCGCACCGUUCGCCUCUCACAUGGCAGCGUCGUAAGCGAUACCAUUGCGUUUUGA